GCUCUCGAAAGGGCUCGGACCGUCGCGAUCUUUCGCGGCCGUUCUGGAUCCUUCUCGAAGGCGCCCCCUCUCUCCGAGCACCGUAAUCAUCACACGUGCGCAGCCCACGGUCUAGCGCAGUUUCAGUCGGGACACGCAGCCAUUCGGACAGUCCGGACGCAGGACGAGCAGAGCAGCUGAGAGACAAAAUGGGGAAAGACUACUACAAAACCCUGGGCAUUGCCAAAGGCGCCAGUGACGAUGAGAUCAAGAAGGCAUACAGAAAACUGGCACUCAAGUACCACCCGGACAAGAAUAAGGCAGCUGGAGCAGAAGAGCGCUUCAAAGAAAUCGCCGAGGCGUACGAAGUCUUGAGCGACAAGAAGAAGAGAGACAUUUACGAUCAGUUCGGUGAGGAGGGUCUGAAGGGCGGAGUUCCUGGCGGCGGGGGCGGUGGAGGCGGCAUGCACACCAACGGCCCCCAGUUCUCAUACCAGUUCCACGGAGACCCACGAGCCACUUUCGCGCAGUUCUUCGGCAACUCAAACCCCUUCAGUGCCUUUUUCGAGCCGGGAGGAGGAAACAGAAUGUUCUUCAGUCAUGGUGGUGAUGACGACAUGGACGUUGACGACCCAUUUGCUAGUCUUGGUGGCUUUGGUGGAGGCCGACCCGGCGGUCCGGCCUACAGAUCACAGUCGUUCAACAUCCACGGGGGUGGGCCAGGCAGCCGCAUGGGAAAGGACAAGCAGCAGGACCCUCCAAUUGAACACGACCUGUAUGUGACUCUAGAGGAGAUCGCCAAGGGCACGACGAAGAAAAUGAAGAUUUCGCGCCGGGUCCUACAGCCAGAUGGCAUGACGAAGAAGGAGGACAAGGUGCUGACAAUCAGCAUCAAACCGGGCUGGAAAGCGGGCACCAAGAUCACCUUCCAGAAGGAGGGCGACCAGGGCACGCACAAGAUCCCAGCCGACAUUGUGUUCAUCAUCAGAGAUAAGCCUCACCCACAUCUCAGACGGGAGGGAAGCGACCUCCGCUACACAGCAAAGAUCUCGCUCAAGCAGGCCCUGUGCGGUUGUGUUAUUGAAGUGCCUACACUCGCCGGUGACAAGAUCCCGAUCAACCUGACCACUGAAAUCGUCAAACCAACUACAACAAAGAGAAUCCAGGGCUACGGCCUGCCACACCCCAAGGAGCCGAGCAGAAAGGGCGACAUCCUUGUCAGUUUUGACAUCAAAUUCCCCGACUCAUUGAGUCAAAGUGCUAGGGACAUCAUUUACGACACGCUACCCAAUUGAGAGGGAAAUUUCUUACGCAAUAAGACUGCUGAGUGAACUGUUGUAUUUAAAACAUUUAUUUGCAGAGUGAGUGGCGCAUUAUUUGUAAAAGAAAAAAAAACAUUGAACUACCAUACAUGUACAAUUGCAGAAAUUUUGUAAACGUUGGUCAACCAGCAGCCAGGAGAAAGAUGCUGCUCUUGAAGUUGACCAAUCAUGGACUGAUCGCUCUCACAAAUGUGCCCGAAUAUGCUACCAAUUAAGUUAUUUUCACUCUGCUUCCCGCACGUGGAAAUGUAGGGAAGGCAUAUUCCUUUUACUAUGUUAACUUUCAGAGAUUAUUUAUUGGUCGUAUUCGGAUUUACUAAAGUGUCAGCUGCCCUUCUCGGCAGAGAUGUAAAAUGUAUAAUUGUAUAAUUCAAUCUGUGUUGGUUGUGGAUAACUAAACACAAAAUAUGAGAAUAUAUUAUAUAUAAGUGAGUGUCUACUAUGUUUUAAGUAUACAUAUUUGAAAAGGUUGCGUUCUUGCUUCAGUAAUAAAAAAACACUAAAAUGCGACAAUUUAAAUAAA